AUGUUAAAUAAGUUGAAACAUCACAGAGAUGCAGAUGAAUGUAUCAAAUGUCCAGAAGAUCAGCAUCCAAAUGAGGACCGCCUUCGAUGUGUCCCUAAAUUAAUCACCUUCUUAUCCUAUGAAGAAUUUUUGGGGAUCCUCCUGGCUUCUUCUGCCCUCUUCUUGUCCUUAAUCACAGGCAUUGUGCUUGGAGUCUUCGUUAAAUCCAGGAACACUCCCAUCGUCAAAGCCAACAACCGAGACCUGUCCUACAUCCUCCUCAUCUUUCUCCUGCUCUCCUUUUUGUCCUCCUUCCUCUUCAUUGGACAACCUACAAAAGCAACCUGCCUUAUGCGACAAGUGGCCUUUAGCAUCAUCUUCUCAGUUGCUGUCUCUUCUGUCUUGGCAAAAACCAUCACUGUGGUUCUUGCCUUCCUGGCCGCUAAGCCAGGGAACAGAGUGAGGAGAUGGCUGGGGAAGGGUUUGGCGCACUCUGUUGUCAUUUCCUGCUCCAGUGUCCAAGUUCUCAUCUGCACCAUCUGGCUCGGGUUCUCUCCCCCAUUCCCAGACUCAAACAUGCAGUCCGAACCUGGAGAGAUCAUCCUGCAAUGCAAUGAAGGCUCUGUUGCCAUGUUUUAUGUUGCCCUCGGCUACAUGGGCUUCCUGGCUGCCAUCUGCUUCACAGUGGCUUUCCUGGCCAGGAAGCUGCCUGGGGCCUUCAAUGAAGCCAAGCCGAUUACCUUCAGCAUGCUGGGUCUUUAUCGGUAA